CGACAGUUAUUUUGAUUCGUAUGUGUCGGAAGCGAGGAAAAAGUGGGGAACGAAAAAAGCGGAGAAACUCCUCGGGGGGGAACGCGGAGAAAAGCAAAACUAAAAAGAGAGCGAGGGUUAGAAAAAAAGGAGGAGGAAGAGACGGCGAGACGGAACAAUUCAAAAGGAAAACCGUGUGUUGAAACAUUGAACGGGGGGCGACGGACGGACUCGGUGCCCCCUCCCCUCCCCUCACCCUCCACCCCACGGACUUUGAAGUAAAGUUACGCCGUCCUCGGCGCACUUAGGCCCGGCUCCGGAGCCUCCUCCUGCCCGGCCCUGACACCUAGACGGACCCGGAGAGAAGCCUCGGUUCUCGGGCGGCCCCGGGUGGGGGGGGAGCGGCCAGGGAGGACACGAACACGAACAAAAGAUGCUGUGAUAGAGCGGGUGUGUGUGCAUGAGUGUGUGCGCUGAGGUCCAUCCCGCUCCGUCCCGCCAGUCCCCGAAUGGCACGGGGAAAUCAGCAGAUUGACACUCAAGUUCUGCAACAGCUGCUUCAGAAGUUUCCGGAAGUGCCAGAGGGCGUGGUGUCUCAGUGUGUUCUACAGAAUAAGAACGACUUGGAGGCGUGCUGCGAGUACCUGACCCAGGUGAGUCCCGGCUUCCUGUACAGCGAGGGCAGCCCGAGCGUGACAGACCUGCGCAAUCACAUGACCCAGCUCAACGUGGGUGUGUCGCAGAAUACCCAUGGUGCCGUGCAACGUGAGCCAGUCAGGAUGAACGGCAGCAGGACUCUCUCGCACAGCCUGAGCGACGGGCCAGUGAACGGUCCCCCGACGCCGGCCUCCGAUUUCUACCAGGCAGAGUCUCAGUCCCACCCGCACGCUCACACACACUCACCCGCCGCCUUUUGCGUAAUGGAGCAGGCGCGGAAGCCGCAGCCGCCUCAGCACCUCGGCCUCUUCCAGCUCGGGGUCAAGGGGCAGAGCUCUACGCCCCUGACGGCCACCCAUCGCUUUAACCCCAUUACGGUGACGCUGGCCCCAAACGCUGGCCGCAACACGCCCACCUCGCUGCACAUCCACGGAGGGCCCCAGGCCGGCCCCAACAGCCCUAACUCGAUCUACAUCCGGCCCUACGUCACCCAGAUCUCGCAUCAAGGAGGCCCGCACCACCAGACCUCACACGUUUACAUGCCCAUCAGCUCCCCCACUAACCCCCAGGCCCCUUCUGCCUUCCAGACACCUCCUGCCGCACCCUCUCAGGCUCCUUCUGCCUCUUCCUCGUCCUCCACCUCCUCAUCGGUGCCUUCGUCUUUACCGGCGCCCCCAUCGCUUGCAUCCUCCUUUAGCCAGUUCAACAUCCAGAAUAUCUCGACCGGGCCUAGGAAGAACCAGAUCGAGAUCAAGCUCGAAUCGCCGCAGAGGGUUGGUGGAGCCGCAGCUGCGGCCGCCACGGCAACGCUAAUGUGCUCCGCCUCGGCUCCUCGAUCGGCUUCAGCGUCUGGCUCUUUGUCUUGCCCGUCGCCUUCCCCCUCUUCCUCCAAUCCGCUCUCCAUCGAGGGUGCGGGGCUAAGCCGCAGCCAGCCCACCGUCUACAUCGCCGCCUCUCCUCCCGCCGCUGCCCCAGCGCCGCCGCCAUCGGACGAGUGCGCCCUCAUCCCUCCUUCAGGCCGCUCACAGCCCAAGUUCUACAUCUCCGCGAACGCGUCCUCGGACGAGAGCGGCGCUCGGAAUCCGCCCACACUCUACAUAUCGGCCAACCCCACUCUACCUGGGGUUGCGGGAGGCCGGAGCCUAGGCAGCCAAGUCAGCAUGGGACCCGCCUACAUUCAUCACCACCCGCCCAAGUCCCGCAGCUCGGUGGGGGCAGGAGGCGUGGCCACGUCGCCACGCGUGGUGGUGACGCAGCCCAACACAAAAUACACCUUCAAGAUCACGGUGUCGCCCAACAAGCCGCCCUCUGUGUCUUCUGGCGUCGUGUCGCCUACCUUCGAGCCCAACAAAUUACUCGGCACCGAGCAGCACUGCCCUGAGCCUGAGUCAAUCAGCCUGCCCGAGCCGCUGUCCCCCAAACGAGACCCGAGAGCCACUGAGAGCCGCCGGCCCAGCAUGGGCUCUGAUGAUGCCGCAUACACACAGGCAUUGUUGGUGCAUCAGAAGGCACGCAUGGAGCGUUUGUGUCACGAGCUGAAGCUGAAGAGGAAGAACCUAGAGAAACUAAAAGAGGAGGUGAACGAGAUGGAGAACGACCUCACGAGGAGACGACUCCAGAGGUCCAACUCGGUGUCUCAGAUCCCAUCUCUUGAUGAGAUGCAGCAGCUGAGGUAUAAGAACAGGUUACUGCAGAUCGACAUUGACUGUUUAACUAAAGAGAUUGACCUCCUGCAGACGCGUGGACCACACUUCAACCCGAGUGCGAUCCAUAACUUUUACGACAACAUCGGCUUCCUUGGUCCCGUCCCCCCCAAACCCAAAGGUACUCCGGCUGUAGGCUCGGAUCACUGGGGCUUUCUGGACAGGAGAGGACGCAGAAUAAACGUCAGCUCCAAGCUGAAGAGGGAUCCGUCUCUCCCUCCUGUUCCUCCCUGUCUUCCUGCUCCUGUGGAGUCGGGCAGUAAGAAUAUGAAGGCGGUGUCCGAGGCUGAAGAUGAUGACGGGUCUCAGUGGGGUUGCACCGCCUGCACCUUCCUCAACCAUCCCGCCCUCAACCGCUGUGAACAGUGUGAAUUUCCACGACACUUCUGAGCCCCUCACACACACACACACACACACACACACACACACACACACACACACACACACACACAGAGCUAGGCGUUAUUACACAAAACCUGCAGUAAUACAGACAUGAAUAUUGUGUCUCUCUCGGCCUCCACCCUUUUCUUUCUUUUACACACACUCUUUCGAUCGCUCUCUCUCUCUCUCUCUCUCUCUCUCUCUCUCUCUCUCUCUCUCUCUCUCUCUCUCUCUCGGGGGGGUGUGUCAUGCUGCCCACUGAAGACUGGAUAUUGUUUACAGGUUUUACUUUUAUGCUUCUCUUGAUCUCUGUGUGUGUGUGUGUGUGUGUGUGUGUGUGUGUGUGUGUGUGUGUGUGUGUGUGUGUGUGUGUGUGUGUGAGUUUGUAGUUUUUCUUCACAAAGCUCAGUCUAUCUUGAAACAGUAUUAUAAAAGUGUGUGUGUUUGUGCGACAGAAACACUGACACACACACACACACACACACACACACACACACACACACACACACACACAUAUAUACUGACACACAUACGUGCCUUCCGGAAGGGAAAUCGCCUCCGAGAGCGUCCUCUCUUUCCGGACAUUUGGAGGACGCCUCCCCCCCCCUCACUUUCUGUUCACUUCCUGAGGAACGGAGGGAUGGACGGAGAGAUCGACGGAAAAAACUCGGACGUAGCGGACGAACUGAAACUAAUCUGCAUGCUUUUAGAUGUACAGUUUACAGACGGAGACUCCGCCCACCCAAGCUUUUACUGUACAUAGCGUUAGAGCGUUAAAAUCCAGAUUUUUCCGGGUUUCCUUUUUUUUUUUUUUUUUUUUUUUCUUUUUUUUUGCUCUUCUCUUUCUUUCCUCACGUGUAUUUUUCUGUAAUUAUAGCCUUCAUUUACUUUAAUUUGUUUUUGUUCACUGUUUCUUGUUUCCUCCGAGAAACAGACGCGUACGUUUUUUUUUUUUCCUCCCUUUCUUUCUUUUCCAUUCUUCCGCGUGACGCCGCUCGCGCCGAACACGUCCUUUUCCAGCGUACGGUGCUGCAGAGGUAGCGCGAAAAUCCAAAAAAAUAAAAAAGGCUAACGAAAGAUGGAGACCUUAAACACGAGCCCCUUCAAACUCACCCCAAUAAAAUAGGACAGGACCAUGGACAGAUGCCAUUACAUGGUCUCCUAAGGGACCUCCAUCUUCUCUGCCAACUGGAAUGUAGGUUUUUUUUUCUUUUGUAAGAGGACACGGACGCGUCCUCGGAAAGCUCCGACGAAUCUUCAAGAGCAGAGACUUGUUUUUUUCAUGGUUUUUAAAUGUGUGUUCACUAAAACCAUGUUUAUUUUAUUAUUUUUCUUCUUCAGAGACUCAGAGUGCAGGCAAUACGCCAAAAAUAUCACCACGUGCCUUCAGCCGCCGGUCCGUCCCCGAGCCGAGACUCUUUGCCUUUAAACGGACACCUCGUUGUACUAUUUUUUUUAUUUUUUAUUUUAUUUUUUUUUCUUCAUAGAUUUGAUUUACACAAAUCCCACAAGGCCUUAAUGUCUUUCAUUAGCUUUUCCUUUUUCUUUUUCCUUUUUUUUUUAUUUUUUUGGUCUGAAAGAUAUACAAAAACUCCCAAGAUGUGAAUUCUUCUCGGUUUCACAUUGUGCUGCCUCACUUCUCGACCUUAUCCGAGCUUUUCCAUGGUGAUUUUAUUAUUUUUUUCUUUCUCUUUUAAGAAAAAUAAAGAUAUGAAAAUUGUAAAUCUACGCCGCCAAGAGGUCAAAUCUGAUUGCCGAACGUAUAAAAAGUCGCCCUGGGGCGCCACUGUUGACCGUCGGUGCGCAACGCCGUUUCCUAAAGGACGCGGCUUUUAAAAAUGAAAUAAGGUGUCUGAAGCACUUGUAUUUAAAUCCCAAAGAGCAACAAUCACAGCUGGUGGUUAGGUUUCUUUUUUUUGUUUGUUUUUUGUUUUGUUUUGUUGAUCAGAGCCGUGAUUUUACGUUUAUGAAUUGAAAUCAUUGGGGGGAAAUGGAAGAAGAAAUGAUUUGGAUAUCUAAAGCGAUUUGUAAUUUUUAGCUGGGAAAACUUUCUUUGUAACAGAUAAGUUAUUUGUAAAAAUAAACACAAAAAAAAUUC